UUUUUUUUUUUUUCACUUUAUUUUUCUUUCAAUUCUCGUCAAGUUUGUUUUAAUCAUUUGCAUUUUUGCUUCCCGAUCGAUUAAAGCUUAAUUGAUUUCGUUCCAGGUCCCAUUCAGUUCAAAUUGAAUCUCCAAAAUCGGUGUGCGGUGUAUGGAAAUAUUGAACUUUGUUAGCCGCUGUUGAGAUAUAGAUCGGAUACCUUUCUUUUAAUUGCUUGAAACAAUUGGAAAUCAUCCUAAUUGAAAUACAAUUGAGUUUUAUAAGUUGAGUGAACCGAGCCAAUUAAAGUAGUUUGAUCAAUCACCAACAACCCAGUUGACUUACAAAAAAAAAAAAAACAAAUAACAUAAACUCACCUUGAUUAUCACUUUUCUUCUUCAAUUACAGUUUCUUAGAGUAUGGUGAAGAUAAACGAUAUUGAUCGUACCUCCACCUUUGCAUGGAGUCAAGAUGUGAUUCCUUUACUUGCUACUGGUACUGUGGCUGGUGCUGUUGAUGCUAAUUUCAACUCCUCAUCUUCAUUAGAACUAUGGAAUAUAUUUUCUCCAACUGAUAAGGAUGAGCCAGUUUUCAGUGCUUCAGUUGAGAAUAGAUUCUAUGGGUUGGAAUGGUCCAAGCCUUUUGAAGGUAGACCAAAAGGUUUAUUGGCUGGAGCUUUUGAAAAUGGCGUUGUUGAAUUUUGGGAUGCAGAUAUACUAAUCAAGACUAAAGAUUUAUCUAAAGCUUCAGUUCAUAAAUCUACUAAACACAGUGGUGCAGUUAAGACUUUACAGUUCAAUCCAAAUCAAAAUCAUAUUUUGGUUACUGGUGGUAGCAAAGGUGAAAUUUUCAUUUGGGAUACUAAAACUUUUUCAGACCCUUUCACUCCAGGUAAAGCAAUGACUCCAAUGGAUGAAAUAAACAGUGUUGCUUGGAAUCAAUCAGUUAGUCAUAUUUUUGCUAGUACUAGUAAUGGUGGUUAUACUUCGAUUUGGGAUUUAAAGUCGAAAAGAGAAGUUUUACAUUUGUCUUAUAAUGGUCAAUUAGGUAGAGCUGAAUUUUCUUCUGUUGCUUGGCACCCAACUCAAUCAACCAAAUUAAUAGUUGCUAGUGAAAAUGAUAAUUGUCCAUUGAUUUUAACUUACGAUUUACGUAAUGCAAAUGAACCUGAAAAAAUCUUACAAGGUCAUAAAAAAGGUGUUCUUUCUUUAGAUUGGUGUAAACAAGAUCCUGAAUUAUUAAUUUCAAGUGGUAAAGAUAAUUCAACAAUUUUGUGGAAUCCAAUAACUGGUGAAAAAUUGGGCGAAUAUCCAACAACUGCUAAUUGGGCUUUCCAAACUAGAUUCGCUCCUUCAUCUCCUGAUAUCUUUGGUACUGCCUCUUUUGAUGGUAAAAUUAUUAUUCAGUCUUUACAAGAUACCUCUCCUCCAGUUUCAACUAAAGUUACCGCAAAUAAUGAUGAUGAGUUUUGGAAUAAAAUUUCGACAACUGAUACUCAACAACCAACUUUUGUCAAACAACAAGCUCCACGUUGGUUGAAAAAUCCUUCAUCUGUUUCCUUUGGAUUUGGAUCUAAAUUAGUUAAAAUUACUUCGGAUUCUUCUGGUAAAUCAAUCAUUGAUAUUUCCCAAUUUGUCAAUAACAGUAAUUUACAAAAUUCAACCGAUAAAUUAACUAAAGCUUUGAAUGAAGAUGAUUUUAAACCUAUCAUUGAGUCAAAAUUAGAAGAUGACUUAUUAAAAGAUUCUGAUAAAGCCGAUUGGAAUUUAUUGAAAAAAUUAUCUACCGAAGGUAAAGACCAAUUAUUCUCAAAUGCUAUUUCUGAUUCAGCCAUUGAACAACCAAAAGCUGAGGCUAAAGAAUCUAAUGGUGAAGCUGAAGUUGCCACUAACGAAGAUGGAGCUGAAGAUUCCUUCUUUGAUAAAUUGAGUGUUAAUGGUAAAUUGAAUGAAGAAGUUGAUUCAGCUUUUGUACCAUCAGGUAAAUUCAAAAUUAUUAAUAAAGAUGCACCAAAAGAAUCUCAAAAAUUGGUUAAAUCAAUUUUGACCAACAAUAUUGAAGAGGCAGUCUCUCAAUGUUUGAAAGAUGGUAAACUUGUCGAAGCUUUGGUUUUAGCUUUAGAUGCUUCUAAUGACAUUAAAAGUAAAGUUAAAAAUGAAUUCUUCAAACAAAACAACGACGAACUUUCAAGAAUCAUAUAUUCUGCUUCUUCUAAGAAUGUUUUAGAUAUAGUCUCUAAUGCUGAUGUUGAAGAUUGGAAAGAAAUUGCUGCCAGUAUAUCUGCCUUCAGUAUUGAUACUAAUGAUUUCAACUCUAAAAUUGUGGAAUUGGGUGAUCGUAUUUUAGAAGCUGACCCAAAUCAAAGGGACAAUGCUAUUUUAUGUUAUCUAGCAGGUAAUGCUUUAGAUAAGGUUGGUUCGAUUUGGCUCAAAGAAUUACCUUCCUUAGAAGCUGAAUUGUUGAAGUCAGAAAAACAUACUAACAUCGCAACUCCAUCAGAUGCUAGAUUUGAAGCUUUGAAUUCUUUCAUCGAAAAAUUAUCUGCCUACAGAUCCAUUUCCAAAAUUUCUGAUGUUUUAUCCGGUCCUGCUGUGGAACCAAUUUCAAAAGCAAUCUUAGAAUAUUCCAAUUUAUUAGCAAGUUUUGGCUUAUUUGAUUUGGCAAAUAAUUUCUUGAAUUUAUUACCAUCCGAUUUUGAAGGUUUGAAAUUAGAAAAAGACCGUAUCUCUAAAGCUCUCGGUUUAACCUCCAAACGCUCAACUACCAGAAACACCGGCGCCAGUUCUACUGCUAGGGACCCUUAUAAUAGAACCAGAGAAGCUUCUAAAUAUGCUGCUUCUCCUUCCUUAAACUCUGCCCCAACUGCCGCAACUGCACCAUAUCAACCAAAAACCUUCGUUCCGGCCCCUGUUAACAAACCUCCUGUUCCUGUGGCCAAUAAUGUUCCAGCUCCUGCAACCAAUAACAUUUAUUCAAGGCAACCAUCAGUUCCAGCUGUUUCUAAUCCUUAUGCUCCAUCUGCUGCUCCUGUCAAUAAUCCUUACAGCAACCCUUACAAACCUGCAGCACCAGCAGCAGCUCCGGCUCCUGGUGCAACAUUUGUAUCACCACCACCACCUGCUCCAGCAAAGAACAAAUACAAAGAAGAAACUGAUGGCUGGAAUGACUUACCAGAGACUUUUAAGAAAACAACUGCUCCACCUCGCCGUGCAGCUGCCUCAGCCGUGGCAUCCCCAUCUCCCGCACCAUCUCCAUUCGUUGCACCUCAACCUCCAACUGCUUUACCUUCUAAGAGAGUCCCUAGUGUUUCACAAACCGCUCCACCUCCACCAAAAGGAUUGAGCCGUACCAACUCCAAGGCCAAUCUUCCUGAUUCAAACCCAGUUAACAACCUUACUUCACCCCGUCUUAAUAACGCGGCCGUGAAUACUCGUUAUGCACCACCACCUGUCCCUGCUGCUAACAGUUUUGGUACCUCAACUCCACCACAAGCUCACGCUACAUUGAGUAGACCAUUGACUCCAAAGAAUCCAUAUGCUCCAGGGGCCUCUGCUACUCCACCUGCAGCUAAGAACCCUUACGCUCCAGCAGUUCCUGCACCACCUUCACUCACAGGUGUUGCACCUCCACCAUCUCAACAAUUUGCAGCUCCUGCAAGUCAAUUUUCUCCUGGUUUGAGUCAAGCUCCACCACCACCAAAAAAUCCAUAUGCUCCGCCACCAGCUGCACAAUCGAGAUCCAACGUUCCUCAAGGCCCUGGAUCUGGCCUUCCAACACCAAAACUUGGCGGUAUUGCACCACCACCAGCAGCUAGUAAUGGAUUCCAAGGCUCGUCUUUUCCACCACCACCUCCAGCACCAGCUGGAACAUCAGCAGCAGCAGCUCAAGCAUCUGGCAAUUUCCCACCACCACCACCACUGGGACCAAGCGUCUCACAGGCCGCUGAACCUGAGCCUGAAACAAAACCAAGACAUCCUAAUGGUGAUAGAUCCCAUAUUCCAGCAGAUUGGUUACCUAUAUAUGAAACCAUGAACGGUAAAUUGGAAGAAUUGAAACCCAAAAUUCCCGAAAAAUACCAAAAACAUGGUCAACAUAUGGAAGUUAGACUUAAUGCUUUAUUCGAUGCUUUGAAUAAUGAAGAUUUAUCAACCGAAGCUGUUGAAAACUUGAAAAAGAUCUCACAAUCAUUGGAUGCUCAAGAAUAUGAAACUGCAGCCGCUUUAAACAUAGAAUUUUCAACUACCCAUAGUGAAGAAGUUGGUAUUUGGCAUACCGGUGUCAAACACCUUAUCAGUAUGAGUGAAGCACUUUAAGUUUAUUUACUUAUACAAUAUGUUUACAAUUAGUUGAUUUUGUAUUUUAUCUUUUUUAGUCUAAUGCAGCAAAGCAACUCCUUAAGAAUUUUCAUUUUGUCGAUUUUCAAAAGUUUUUCUAAUCCUUCCU